GGAAUCGUUGUGAAAAUCAUGACCAAAAAACUUGGAGAAAAAUACUACAAAAAGAAAGGAACAAUAAAGGACAUUAAGAAUCUGUUUGUAGCCGUGAUAAAGAUGUCAGAUGGCGGAGAUGUUCUCAAAGUGGAUCAGGAACACUUGGAAACAGUCAUACCAGCCAUAGGAAAGGCUGUCUUAAUUGUAAACGGUGCCUACAGAGGAGCAAGAGCUUCGCUUGUGUCCUUGGAUGAAAAGACCUUCUCUGUAGCCGUAGAGUUGAAAGAUGGACCCCACCGAGGGAAGAGAAUUGACAGGAUCCCGUAUGAAGACAUCUGUAAGGUUGACACGUGACAGCAAGUCCCAGAGUCACAUCUUUGGUCGCGAAAAAAUGGGAAUGUCAGCGCUGAGACGUGGGAAAAACCACACAGGAUAGUUAAUGCUACUUUGUCAUACUCAACAAAUAUAUCCAAGGAAAAGUGUUUCAGCAAUCCUCGAGAAAACGUUUGCCACAGUAUUUUACAACUUGCGUCCACAAAGCCACUAAGCCAUGAAGCCAUUUUCUUUUUUGGGUAAAAAUUUGUUUGUAGAAAUAUUGUAAACAUAUUACGUCUUUUUU